AUGAAAAUUAAUUACAGUUACCUGAAGAGAACCGAUUGUUGGGCCUUAUGGGUUUCCGUUCUUCUUUACUUUAUUAUAGGUGGAUCAUGCUUUCCUAUAUUUAAUGUUUACAAAAUUCAUCGCUUAGUGUUUAGGUCACGUUUCAACAAUUCAAUAGUUAAUCACAUUACUCCCGUAUGUGGAAUUCCUUAUGAAGAACUUCGUUGUUCUGUCAUACAAACAGAUAAUGAUCAGAUUUUGAAAUAUUGUCUCACUGACAACUCACUUAUGUAUAUCCGAAUUUUAGUACCGAUAUUGAUGGCAAUGAAUCUUUGUAUUAUCCAAUUAUUUUUGAUGCUAUGUGGAAAGUACAGCCGUUCUUCUCUUUGUGUUUUAUGGAUGAGCUAUGCGUUCGCUGUGCUGGUUAUAAAGGAUAAAAUUCGUUACGAUAGUUGUUUUCAUAAUUUUGCGUUGGACGCUCUUACUCUUACGAGUAUCUUGCUCGCUGGUGGCAUGCUCUGUUUUUUAGCGGAAUAUCGAAAGUCUCAAUCUCCUUUGUUUAUAAAUUCUAAGAUUUCUGGUCGUAAACCGAUCGAAAUCGACGAGGAAUCAACCGAAGAAGUCGACGAUGAACCUACCGAAGAAAUUGAUCAUGAACCAACCGAAGAGGUCGACGAUGAGUCUACCGAAGAAAUUGACCAUGAACCAACUGAUGAAAUCGAUCAGAAAUCUAUGUCGUGGCAAAAUCUACUCUAA